AUGGCCAAGUUGUGGACCUUGUUCAGCCAGCUUCAUUCUGUUGCUGGGCCGGUUGUGACGUUGUUAUACCCUUUGUAUGCAUCGGUGGUAGCAAUAGAGAGCCAAUCCAAGUUCGAUGACGAACAAUGGCUAGCUUAUUGGAUCAUUUAUUCGUUCCUCACCCUUGCAGAAAUGGUUCUUCGUCCUGUUUUAGAGUGGAUACCAAUUUGGUACGAUGUGAAGCUAUUGACAGCAGCAUGGCUGGUGUUGCCACAGUUCGAAGGAGCUUCGUACUUGUAUGACAGGUUCAUGAGAGAUUAUGUAAGGAAAUACAUAACGGAGAGGGACCAUCUCCAAUAUCACGCACAAAGCAAAAGGUCCCCCAACGAGAACCAGGCCAAGAAGAAAUUCGUCGAGUUCGUCACGCACAAGAAAGGGGAUCAGGAGGCGUAUUGA